AUGCAGGAGAAAGGAACUUACACCGUCUUGAUCCACCUAAUCAAGCGAACAGCCGAAAAAGAAGUAGAAGAGAACAACAUCAUCCUGAACGACACAGCGGCGCAAAAAACCGUCCAAGACCUGAAGAAAAAACUCUCCCAAGAAAUGAUGGAGAACGAGCGGGAGAUAUCCAGCCUCUGUAGAGAACUCAACAAACUGAAGGAAGAAAAACAGGAAAUUGAAUUGAAAAUAGACCGUGAAACGGGAUACACGAGUGCCUGGGAAGCAGCUCAAUGUGAAGAGAAUACGGAGCGCUGUAACAUCACACUGGGGUACCUAAGAACAUCGCUAGAGGAUAUCUUAAUCCUCAAUAAAAACGAGUGUAGAGUUGCCCGUGAAAUUGAUGCAUUUCUCAAGCAAAACAUCGCUUUUCGUGAGAGACAGGAGUUUAUUGACCAGUACCUCGCGGAGAAGGAGGCUGCGAGGGUUCUCAGGGAGUUGGAGGAGCAUAAGAAACAUUCGGCGAUUUGGAUACAAGCCUGGUGGAGGGGAGUUAUGGUGAGGAGAAAACUCGGACCCUAUCGCCCAGAUGAGAAGAAGAAAAAGAAGACAGUUAAAGGAAAAAAAUAG